UAGGCGCGCGUGCGCUUAGUGUCCGUGUUCGAUGGCAGCGAUGUUCGAUUGUUUUGGACCGCAAACAAGAUGGCCGCGGAAUGUCAACUGUCAUAGUUGUUACGUUCUUGUUAUUAUUUUAUAAUAUUCAUACUUAAAGUUACUGAAAGAAAAUGGGGUUAUCGCUGAGCUCAGACGUAUCCGAAAAAGGAGCGUGCGGAUAUCAUGUGCACGGCGUGGUGCCGAACUCCCCUGCAGAAAAGGCUGGACUGCAGCCCUUCUUUGACUUCAUUUUGUCUGUGGACAACAAAAGACUUAAUGAGGAGAAUGAAAUUCUGAAGACGCUCCUGAAGGCAAACAUAGAGAGAACAGUGAAGAUGGAGGUGUACAGCAUUAAAACCACUAGUGUUCGUGAGCUGGAGGUGGUGCCCAGUAACAUGUGGGGAGGGCAGGGCCUGCUGGGUGCCACUGUUCGCUUCUGCAGCUACCAAGGAGCCAGUGAGAAUGUCUGGCACAUCCUGGAUGUGGAGCCCAGUUCACCUGCUGCACUGGCAGGGCUUCAGCCUCACUCUGACUACAUUGUUGGAGCAGAUCAGGUGUUGCAAGAUUCAGAGGACUUCUUCUCACUCAUCGAGGCUCAUGAAGGGAAGCCCCUGAAGCUGCUGGUGUACAACACACAGAUUGAUACCUGCAGAGAGGUGAUGGUCACACCAAAUGGAGCAUGGGGAGGAGAAGGCAGUUUGGGUUGUGGCAUUGGUUAUGGCUACCUGCACCGAAUCCCUGCGAAUCCUGAUGUAUCGCCAGUGAGGCAUCCUUCCCCUGUUCCUGAGGAGAAACCCUCUCCCCAGCUUCUGACACAAGGAUACACAGAAGCGCCGCUGAUGGCGCUUUCAAGCCCAAGCCAAGGUGUGUUGGACCUGGAGCAGAUCACCCUCCAGGAAGCUCUUCUACCUCCACCCAUCCAGAGAGUCAUGGACCCUGGCUUCUCUGACUCUGAAGUGGCAGCAAUGAACCCCAACGCUGCAGACUUGGUAGACAGGCUGGAUCUGGCCAUGUCGUCCGUAGACGUGACCAACACUUCGCUGAUGAUGCAUGAGGACGAGAAGGACAGCGAAAUCUCUGGUGUUGAGGAGCUGGGGGAUAGUGUGCUGCUCUCAUCAUCAGCAGACAACCUGACAGAGCCACAGGGGCUGAGCUCCCGGGCAGCCAUGGACCUCGACUCUGCUCUUGCUUUCACUGGAUUUUUGUCUGAUUCAGGCAUACCGGCAGCUGAACCAUCUCAUCUGGUCACAGAGUCUACAAACCUACAAAGCUUUCCUACUGAGUCUAGCGAUUGUCCAAGUCCACCUAUGGGCGCAGUGCCUCUCCCUACAGAGUCCCUUUACAUUGCUGCUGAAUCCUCUGUCCCAGCUGAGGACCGUCCCUACCCAUCUGCUGUUGAUCGCCUCCCAUCCUCGGCUAUAGACGAGUCUAAAGCAGACGAUUCUCUCAUUCACUCUGUCGAGCAUGCAACAGGGUCAGUGGAGGAGUCUGAAGAACCUCAGUAUGUGUCUCCUGCUCACCAGUCUAGCUAUGAGAACGAUGAGCAGGAACCAGUGGAGACGCAUCUUAAGUAAGCUUGCAUCAGAUACACAAAGUAUGAAAAGGUAAAGUGAAGCUGACAAUCACUGGGGAUUUUUAAAGGCACGUUACAUACAUAGAAACUACAGGACAGAGUUGUCUGAUGUGAUACAGAUAGUCUUACAUAAGUGUAUGGCUUCCUCAUCAGGGUAGCUGCACUGUAGGAAGCAGCUACAGCAUUACCCUACCAAGUAGAAAACUCAUCGAGACACUGUAAGAGCAUUCUGUUUGUUUUAUUUGUGAGAACCUAAAGUUACUGUUAUAUAUGGCAAAAAUGAUGUAAGGUUACUAAUGUCUUUCCUUGAGUGAUUCAAAAUUAUAUGAUACGGGUGACAAGACUUUGCUUCUGGUACACUAAUGUGAUGGCUACUUGAAUACUGACAAACACAAACAUUUACUAAAGCAAAGCACAGCUGCACCUUAUUAUCCUUAACACUAUGAUUAAUUUUUAAAGCUACCAGGCUGUUCAGGCAGUUCAGAUUAAUUAUUAUAGCCUCAUGGAGCAGUUUAAUACACUACAGUCAAAAUAUGCACGUUUUCCUGCUCAGACCGUGUAUCCAAACGUUCGACUGGAAGAAUAUCUGUUGUCUGUGCGUUUCAAAAGAGCAUUUUGCAAAAAAAUGAUUCUUUGAAUAGAGCUUUUAAAAAUAAUGUUAAAAGGGGCAAUUUUACAACAGUUUAUUUUUACUGCCUGUAUAUCUGGAAUUAUGUCCCUGUGUCUCAUGUGACAUUAAGUUUGCAUUAUUUGCUAUGCAACAGCAGGCAAACACUACCUGUGGGUUGACAGACAAUACAUUUGUAAUGUAGAUCCAGUAGAUGACAAAACCUUUUUGUAUGUAAGGAAAUUGCUGCUGACUAAUUGUUUUUGAUUUUUCUAGGGGGCUUCUUAAUGAUAUUCACUGUCAAAGUAGGUGCCAGUGUGUACAAUAAGGAAAAUAUUUUUGCAGAUCUUUUAUCAUUGGAUUGUAUGUUUUAUUAGGAAUGAGUUUUUAUGAAUGUAAAGUGGGUGAAUCUUCGAUGGAUAAACAAUCAUAUCACUGCCCCUUGUUUUUCUUGUUUCACACCAUCAGCUGAACACAUUACAACUCAAGAAACAUCAACAUAUAAUUCCCAUAUAUCUGUCAUUGUUAAACCAUUCCAAUUUAUUUCUUUGAAUGCCUAAAAUAUACAUAUUUCACAAAUUAUUACAACAAGGGAUAUUAUGGCCUAAUUAUGGUACCCAUCAUGGUUUUGGCCAUUUAGAGCUCACUCGCUGCAUCCCCGCAAUGGCGUUUUACACACACACACACACACACACACACACACACACACACACUCUCCUAAUGGCAAAAGUAACUCCAUAAAAUUUACAAUGAAACGACCCGUUGCUCUGCUUUGUGACACACCAAAGGAGAAAUUAGUAUUAAGGUUUAUUUCACUUUGGUGAUUUCACCACAGUGCUUGAAUAUUCACAUAUCAUCUUGGAUGAGAGUCCUCUUCAAGUUAUAUUUCUGUUUGAUUGAACUCUUAUUGAACCUAAAUGAAAUAUACAUGGAGAACAGCCCUCUUCAUCGUCACUGCUCGUGAGCCAAGCACAGAGCGAGUAUGCAUGAGUCCCUGUUAAAGAUAUAUACCUUAUAUAUAAUUUCCCAAUCACUAAGAUGACUUGGACAACUACUAACAUUCUUAAGAGUAAACUGCCAUUUCUGGAUCGUAGUGAAUGCAACAUAUGCAACACAUCCAAGUCAAUUUACUUUCCUGCUCAUGAAUGUGCACUAGGGAUUUGGGGAAAAAAAACAACCUGGGUUUUAAGUAAACUGUACAACAACAAAAUAAAACUGCUGCAAAAACAAAAGAAAAAAGUCACUUAAAAAUAUUGUACAUAUAUUUACAAAGAAAGAACAUUCAGUCCACUGAGAACAGCACAGCUACAAAGAAAAAACAAAGACAAGUGCUUCUGUCAAUGAGGUUCAAGAUCUGCAAUAAUUUGAUGUCUAAGCCAAGAUUAGGUUCAAGUUAAGAUGAACGAUGUCAACAACAGAACAGAUGUUACCCAAAG